AUGUCCGGAUACGACCGAGCUCUUUCAGUAUUCAGCCCCGAUGGGCACGUCUUCCAGGUUGAAUAUGCCAUGGAGGCUGUAAAGCGCGGAACUUGCGCUGUCGGUGUGAAAGGCAAGGAUAUCGUCGUCCUCGGUUGCGAAAAGCGUUCCGCCCUCAAGCUCCAAGAUACCCGCAUCACUCCCUCCAAGAUCGCGCUGGUGGAUGACCACAUCUGUCUCGCCUUUGCUGGACUUAACGCCGAUGCCCGAAUCCUCAUCGACAAGGCCCGUUUAGAAGCUCAGUCCCACCGCCUGACCGUGGAGGACCCCUCCAGCAUCGAGUACAUCACGAAAUAUAUUGCUAGCGUUCAGCAGAGGUACACGCAGAGUGGUGGUGUCCGUCCAUUUGGUAUCAGUACACUGGUUGUUGGUUUCGACAAGAAUGACUCCACCCCGCGGUUGUACCAGACCGAGCCGUCUGGAAUCUACUCUGCCUGGAAGGCCAAUGCCAUCGGUCGUUCCAGCAAGACCGUCCGCGAAUUUCUUGAGCGCAACCACCAGGAGGACAUGGACCGGGAGCAGACAAUUCAGCUGACCAUCAAAUCCCUUCUUGAGGUCGUGCAGACAGGUGCCAAGAACAUCGAGGUCGCUAUCAUGGCGCCCGGCAAGAGCCUUGAGAUGCUUCCUGAUGACCAGAUCGAGUCUUAUGUGAAGAGCAUCGAGACCGAGAAGCAGGAGGAGGCGGCCAAGAAGAAGACCCGGACAGGGACCACCACGGCAGCUAUCCUCACCCGGCCGGGUGGCGAGUCGACUGAAUAA